AGACCGGCGCAAGCGACUUUGCAGUAGUUGAUCAGGCUUGCUGGUAUUAGUUUUUCCUGGAUAGUUCUGCUAUCAUGGCGAGUGAUGCCUCUGACCCUGCGGGCUCGUCCGAAUCGCUGCUACUAGCCAUUGCACGAGACCUUGGCUUCAAGAGACCGCCAUUGACCCUGCCAAAGGAGUGCUUGACGGAGUUCGUUCUGCCAAAGGGCAGGGCAACAUGUGGCCUUGUUUGGAAGCACGGUCUUGGAGACGAUGAAGAAGGCUGGGCAGACAUGUUGGAGGACAACUUUCGAGUACCUGCAGCUUGCGGAUCAUGCAAGUUUGUUCUACCUCGUGCACCUAGACAACCAUCAAGUUGUAACGGUGGUGACGUCACUACAAGCUGGUUUGACAUUGCGGACUUGCCGAUUUCGCGCAAGAGUUCAGCACCCUAUGGCUGCUCCCUGGAAGAAGCACUUUCUUCCUGUGGGCGAGUGCACGCAGCGAUUGACAAACUCAUCGCGGAGGGAAUCCCUUCGGAACGUAUCAUGGUCGGAGGCUUUUCUCAAGGUGGGUCAAUGGCAACUCCUCGGCAAGUGUAUAUAGAUUCUUUUUUGGAGUUUAUUGCGCUGGCCAUAGUGCAGCGGCGCAGACUGGGGCAGGCUUGGAGGCAACUUUGAAAGUAGUUCAAUGUAGUUCAGAAAUGCAACAUUUACCGUCGUCUGACUGGCGCAGGCUUUAGUUUACACCAACAUCUUUGUCGCGCACUUGUCUCUGUCUGAGGCAAUGCUCUCAACCUUGACCUAUCCGAAACGGCUUGGUGGCAUCCUAGUAUUCAGUGGAAUUUGUUUCUUUGGCGAUCUUCUGAACAAGUUGGCCCAAGCUCCUCAUUGCAAAGAGCUACAGGUUUUUUGGGGCCACGGAACUCGUGACGAAGUUCUUGCUGCAGAUUUGCAAGAUGAGGGCGUGGAAGCAUUACAAGCUGCGGGCAUCAAAGUCACAGCAAAGAUGCCCUACUUGCAAUCAUGAAGUUGACUAAGUCAAGGAACAGACAGCAUAUCAAAACCUUUGCCAAUAUCCAACUGAGGAAGUAUGCGGUGGAUCAUGGCCCCACUGAGCGGGAAUUGAAGGAUGCGCUCGCUUUUUAUGUAGAACAUCUCAAGUCCUAGACGAAGCCUUUGGCGAGAGAGAA